GACCAUCUCGACGCAGACAAUCCGUUGUCUCUCUCCUUCCUUUUUCUCUUCUUCUGGUAUUUCAACACGCCUAAGCUUUUGAAUACUUGUUUGAAGCUCUCUUCUAUCUCAAAUUUCAGGCUCUUUUUGGUCAUUGUGUUCAUACCCAAUUCACCGAUCCUCCUAUUGUUUACCUCAUCUUCUCCCGCCAUAAUUUGGUGUUAAUGGCUGGUCGUUUUGAUCCUAAUCCGUUUGACGAUGGUGAUGAAGUUAAUCCCUUCGCUGAUCAAGGAGCUGGCAAGACAAAUUUUAAUGGAGGUUCAUUCUACACGACAAGCGUUCCUUCUGCUCCAAACUCUAGGCUUUCACCUCUUCCUCAUGAACCAGCAGAUUUCUAUAAUCGGAAUGACUCGGUUGACAUUCCUCUUGAUUCUGCUGCGGAUCUGAAGAAGAAAGAGAGGGAGCUUCAAGCUAGGGAAGCUGACCUGAGGAGGAGGGAAGAGAUAGUAAAACGAAAAGAGGAGGCAGCCGCUCGAGCUGGUAUUGUUCUUGAGGAGAAAAAUUGGCCACCAUUUUUCCCUAUCAUUCAUCACGAUAUUCCAAGCGAGAUACCGAUCCAUCUACAAAAAUUGCAGUACGUUGCAUUCACGACCUACUUGGGGUUGGUAUUUUGUCUUUUCUGGAAUAUUAUAGCCACAACGACGGCAUGGAUUAAAGGAGAAGACCCCCAGAUAUGGUUUCUUGCAAUUAUCUACUUCAUAUUAGGGGUUCCACUGGCGUAUGUUUUGUGGUACCGGCCGCUUUAUCGUACUUUUAGGAAAGAAAGUGCAUUGAAGUUUGGUUGGUUCUUCCUAUUUUAUUUGUUGCACAUAGGCUUUGUAAUCUUUGCCGCAGUGGCUCCUCCCGUUGUCUUCAAAGGAAAAUCUCUUGCAGGUAUCCUACCAGCCAUUGAUCUCGUGGGUGAUCAAGCCUUGGUUGGGAUCUUUUACUUCAUUGGGUUCGGGCUAUUUUGUCUUGAGACGCUGCUCAGCAUGUGGGUUAUUCAGCAAGUGUACAUGUAUUUCCGAGGCAGCGGUAGAGCUGCGGAUAUGAGACGUGAUGCUGUUUGAGGUGCAGCAUGAGCGGCAAUAUUUUGAGCGCGUUAUCUAUGAUACGCGUGUGCUCCGGGCCACACGACAUUGUUUAUGCUCAUUCUAAGCUUGUUUUAAUUGGUAAAAAGGUCGUAGGAAGAUGGCAGAAAUUAAACUGGUAGUUUUUUGUGUCUCUCUGUAAAUUUGUUAUAUGAUAUUUUGAUGUAUGCGUUUGUUCAUAAGAGAUGGUAAUCCUUGUUAUUUUUUGAAAUAAAAACACGAUUAUUGAGUUUUACU